AUGAUUUCUGAACUUUCAAGAAAAUAUAAAAAUAUUACUCGGUGUGACGUAGAGGUUUUUUUACAUUUAUGUGAACCAUGUCAACAGAAACAGAAAGGCGUUAAAAAGGGUGUAGUGGUUAAGUCUAUUAUUUCACCGAAAUUGAAUUCUCGAUGUCAGGUGGACCUCAUUGAUUUCCAGUCACGCCCAGAUGGAAAAUAUAAAUUUAUAUUAGUAUACCAAGAUCACCUAACCAAAUUUAUUAUUCUUAAGGCACUUGAAUAUAAACGAGCAGAAGAAGUAGCAUUUAAUCUCAUAGAUAUAUUUACGCUAAUAGGAGCUCCAUCGAUCUUACAGUCAGAUAAUGUACGUGAAUUCUCAAACAAUAUAGUUUCUAACUUAAAAGAUAUGUGGCCAGAACUUAAAAUUGUUCACGGUAAGCCAAGGCAUAGCCAAAGUCAGGGCAGUGUCGAAAGAGCAAAUCAGGAUAUCGAGAAUAUGCUCACAACAUGGAUGCAAACAGAAAAAACUUCUCACUGGAGUCAAGGGUUGAAAUUCGUCCAGUUAAUGAAAAAUAGGGCCUUACAUUCUGGAAUUAAGAUGUCACCAUAUGAGGCAUUAUUUGAUUGUAAAGUAAAGGUUGGACUUAGCACUUCAAAUUUACCGAAAGAAGUAAUCGAUAAUUUAGAAAACGAAGAACAAUUAUUAGAAUUAUUUGAAAAAAAUGAACAUCAAAAUGAUAAUUCAAUACUUCCUGAUAAAGACAAUAAUAAAAUAAAAGAUAUAAUUCAAUUAAAUAAUGCAAAUGCAAAAGAACUUCCAUGUGAUGAUCCAAUACAUUCCGAUAAAGACAAUUCAAUACAAGACACAAUUCAAUCAAAUAAUGCAAAUGCCAUAGAUAACCGAAAAAAGGCUAAACAAAAUCUUGAAAAUCAAGCCGUUAAAAUGAAAACAUGGUCAGAUAAAAAACUUAAACCGGCAGAAGUAGGCGCUACUGUUAGGGUGCCAGUACCCGAUGUGGACAAAGGUCGCGGAGAUGCUCGAAAUAUUUUAGCUGUCGUUAUAGAAGUAAACAUAAAAUAACACAUA